AUGAGGAGGUGGAAAGGCCGAGACGUUGGAGCGCGUCUUGCCAGAAGGCGCGGAUUUGAACUGGUAACGUCUGUUCUCUCUCGCUGGGGAGAGAGUUCCGCGGCUCGUGACUCGGAACCAUCGAUUCGUGAUUGCGAGCUUGUCGUCGAGAGUGCUUGUGACAGCGAGCCCGAGUAUUUUGCUGGCAUCGACCGGAACGAGUCGGAAAAGUUGCUGCUCGUGCUGCUGCAUCCAAUGCUGCAACUUUAA